GUAAACCCCGCCAGCCAACCAAACAUUAUUACAGUCAAAAGCUCACAACAACAACAACACUUUCGACAUUCAAAAGUCCAACCUACCCCACUUCCUUUCAAAUAUUCAAUCAAACUCAUACAAGAUACAACAUCCCCAGAAUUUGCUGAAUCCUUUUGCAGUUUCUUGCAAAUAUUAUGUUUAAUUUUGGGUUUUAUACAAUCAAUUAAAACUUGUUACCAAUCAAUUGUUUUGCUCAAAAAUCUUCAAUGGCAGAAACAAAAUCUGAUGCAUUGAUUACCACAUUAUGCAAUGCAAUUCAAGCAGUUGGAAGAGGGUUUGAUGUAACAUCAGAUAUUAGGCUGUUAUACUGUAAAGGGGCACCUGGGUCUCGAUUAAUUCAUAUUGAUGAAGAUCAAAAGAGGGAUAUUUUGAUCUCAGAUGAUGUUGUUCUUCCUAAUGUUUCUGUUGAUAUUCAGUAUUCUCCCGGGGAAAAAGCUUUGGAUGUUACUCCUGUUUGUAACUUUCACGAGAUGUCGGAGUACUUCAAUAAGAAGUCAGGAUUAUCUGGAAGUAUCCCCUUUGGAAGCUUCAAUGCCAUGUUUAAUUUUAGUGGUAAUUGGCAAGCUGAUGCAGCAGCUACCAAAUCCCUUGCAAUGCGUGGUUAUUUCAUACCCUUGUAUAAACUUCAAUUGAAAUCGCAAUUAGCCUUGAAGGAUGAAAUUAAAGCUGCUGUUCCUUACUCUUGGGAUCCUCCAGCUUUGGCAAGUUUUAUUGAAAAUUUUGGUACCCAUGUUGUAAAAUCUACAACCAUUGGUGGGCGGGAUGUAGUUUAUGUCCGGCAGGACCAAUCAUCACUUCUGUCAGCAUCGGAUAUUGAGAAUUAUAUUGAAGAUAUUGGGGAUCAGAGAUUUACAGACUUGAAAGGCCAACCUAGUGCCCCCUCUCUGAAAUACAAGGACAAGGAUGUUACUGUUAUUUUCAGGAGAAGAGGAGGAGACGAUCUUGAACAGAGUUCCAUUAAGUGGGCAGAGAGUGUAAGCUUAGCACCGGAUGUUAUUGACAUGACAUUUGAACCUAUAGUCUCUCUUCUUGAAGGAGUACCUGGUCUAAAACAUUUAGCUCAUGCUAUUGAGCUGUAUUUGGAGUGUAAGGUUCUCUUCACAGACAAGCCACCUCUUGAAGAUCUACAGUACUUUUUAGAAUUUCAAAUACCUCGAAUCUGGGCACCUGAACAUAGCAAUCUGCAAAGAAAAGAGCCUGUUUGCCAAUCACUUCAGUUCAGCUUGAUGGGUCCCAAGCUUUAUAUUAGCCCCGAGCAGGUGACAGUUGGGCGUAAACCAGUUACUGGUCUGAGGCUUAGCCUUGAAGGUGGGAAGCAAAACCGGCUUGCCAUCCAUCUCCAGCACCUAGUUUCACUCCCGAAAAUCCUCCAACCACACUGGGACUCACACAUGGCUAUUGGUGCACAAAAAUGGCAAGGACCCGAGGAACAAGAUAGCCGUUGGUUUGAACCUAUUAAAUGGAAACACUUUUCUCAUGUAAGCACUGCUCCCAUAGAAUAUAAAGAGACCUGCAUUGUCGACCUUUCUGGUGUACAUAUUGUAACAGGAGCCCAGCUAGGAGUUUGGGAUUUUGGUGCUAAAAGCGUGUUGUAUCUCAAACUCCUAUUUUCUAAAGUACCGGGUUGCACAAUAAGACGGUCAGUAUGGGAUCAUACCCCUUCAAAUUUUUCUGCUUUGCAAAGAGCAGAUGGAAGUUUGUCUAACGAACAGAGUGCAGAUGAUAAGAGAUUAGACGGCACCGGUGCUGCAGCAAAGCUUGCAAAAUUAGUAGAUUCGACAGAGAUGUUAAAAGGGCCACAGGAUUCACCAGGUCACUGGUUAGUAACCGGUGCAAAGCUUGGUGUCGAUAAAGGGAAGAUUGUUCUGAGGGCCAAAUAUUCCCUUCUGAAUUACUGAUACAGUUCUUUGUUGCGGUGAUUGUUCAUUUCUCAGUUCGAGCUCUAUCAUUUUUUGUAGUCUUAGUCACCUGGAUUCGAUUGAUUGUAUAUUCAUCAUAAUAAGUGAUGCUGCGUUCUCAAUUCUCAAGCUUUUUUUCUUUUUCUUUUUUGUACUUUUUCGAUUUUUUAGGAUUUAAAAUGUAGAUUGUAGCCACUAUCCUAGGACCUGUUUUCUUUCGGUUCUAGGGUUUCCUUUGAAAGAGGGCAUUUGUUGUUGAAUCAUAAAUGUCUGUUCGUGGUGAAAAUAAUGUAUAGGAAUCCACUUGAAAGUUGUAAUUACAGUUGCCAAUUUGGGUAAAUUGAUUUUGUUGGUGCUUGAUUUCAUGUCAA